AUGUCGUGGCUCCCCAUCGCCCCGGAGUCUCACUUCUCCAUCGCCAACAUACCCUUCGGCAUCAUCUCGACCCCGGCCGACGCCGCGCCGCGCCCGGCAGUUGCCAUCGGCGACCAUGUGCUGGAUCUCAAGGCCUUCGCUGCCGGCGGCGGCUUCGCUGCGUCGCCCGACAUCGAGAAGCACGCCGCCGUCUUCUCCGCCGCCACGCUCAACGACCUGGCCGCGCUCGGCCGCCCAUUCCACCGUGCCCUGCGCGAGUAUCUACAGGCCGUCUUGAGCGCCGACACCAAGAACCCCGAGCUGCUCAGGGACAACGAGAGCCUCAGGAGACGCGCGCUGCUGCCGCGUGCCGAGGUCCAGAACCACCUCCCCAUGGCCAUCGGGGACUACACCGACUUCUACGCCGGCAAGAACCACGCCUACAACGUCGGCGUGCUCUUCCGCGGGCCGGCAAACGCCCUGCAGCCCAAUUACCUGCACCUCCCCGUGGCAUACCACGGGCGAGCGAGCAGCGUCGUCGUCUCCGGAACGCCCAUCCACCGCCCGUGGGGACAGAUCCUCAAGGACCCCAAGGCGGAGCCAAAGGUGCCCGUCCUGGCCACCGCCGAGAAGCUGGACCUCGAGCUCGAGAUGGGCAUGUUUAUCUGCCGCGAGAACAAGAUGGGAAGCCCCAUCCCCAUUCACGAGGCCGAUGAGUACGUAUUUGGCUAUGUCCUUAUGAACGACUGGAGCGCGAGGGAUCUGCAGGCGUGGGACAUCAGCCCUUGGGUCGUGCUGGCCGACGCCUUGAGGGAUGCCAAGAGCCCCGGUAUCCCCAAUGACACGCCGCUUCUCCCAUACCUCCAGGAGAAGGUCAAGGACAACGUCCUAAGCAUCGAGCUCGAGGUCGAUCUUAAGACUGCCAAUGGAAACACGACAACAAUUUCUAGGACAAACUCCAAGAACCUCCUUUGGUCGUGGCCGCAGAUGAUUGCGCACCACACCAUCAGCGGCUGCAACCUGCGGCCCGGAGACUUGUUCGGCUCGGGGACGAUAUCUGGUGAAGACUCGACCUCACAGGGCAGCAUCCUCGAGCAGACGCAGGGUGGAAAGAUAUCCUUGCAACUGCAAGGCGGCGAGGAGCGCAAGUUUCUGCAGGACGGAGACACGCUGGUCAUUCGGGGAUGGGCGGGUAAGAAGGGCGCUUUGGUUGGCUUUGGCGAGGUGUCUGGCAAGAUCUUGCCGGCCCAUCCCCUGUUUUAG